CACCGCAGACAUAUUUGACUUGUGUGUCAGUUCCUCUGUGUGUACACGCUUGUGAGACUAGAUAGCCAUAACAAUGGUUCUACGUCCACUCGAGUUCACAGACUGCUUGCACGACAGUCCGUUCUUUCGCGAGAAUCUGCAGGCGCACGAGAAGGAGCUCGAGAACACGUCAGAGGCGAUCAAGGGCCUGCUGAGGGAAUGCAGACACUUGCUGGGCGCAAUGAAAGAACUAUCAAAAGCUCAAAAAUCAUUUGCUGACACUUUGAGUGAAUUCACGUUCGAGUUCAUUGGAUCAGAUCAACAAACAGAAAAAGAAGCUGUAAUAUGUGGCGCUUUUCAGCAGUUUGCACAAAUUGUAGGAACAUUGGAAGAACACAGAGAAUUGCUGAUGGAGUCAGCACAAGCUCGAUUGCUUACACCUCUAGAAAGAUUCCGUAAGGACAAAAUACAAGGAACAAAGGAGUAUAAGAAGGCCUUUGACAGGCAAUCAGAUCGUUGUCUCAGUUUACUGGAUAGACAUCUUGCUUUGUCGCCCAAGAAGAAAGAUACUCAACUGUCCGAGGCAGACAUCACAAUGGAACAAGAACAAAAGAAGUUUAGGCAAGCAGCAAUGGAAUAUGUAAAAGUUCUACUCGAUGUUCAGGAGAGAAAGAAGUUUGAGUUUGUUGAACCAUUACUUGGGUUCAUGACUGACCAAAUGACAUUUUAUCAUUCGGCAUAUGAAACAGGACAGGAAUACAAGGAACUGACGAAUGAUUUGCAAGUCAAACUGCAGGAUGUUCGUCAAGUUUGGCAAGAGAGUCAAGAGUAUACCGAAUCGCUAAUGAAGGCAACAGAAGAAAAAGGACAACAUGGAGACACAAGAAGUGGCCAGUUUGCCAGACAAGGGUAUCUUUAUCAGCAGAAAGAGAGAAAGCUUGGUGGAAUUACCAGUGGACUUUCAUCGUCAAAAUGCUUUUGCCAGUACAUGAAGUCCAACUCACUGUUUGUCAUGUUUCCAAUAUCUGAUCAUAGCAAAGGAAAAUUUUCAAAUCCUGAAUCACUGGUAGUUGACUCGUGUGUGAGGAGAAUGACUGAUUCGAUUGAUAAACGUUUCUGCUUCAACAUUACUGCUGGAGAAAGAACACUUGUGAUGCAAGCAUUGAGUAAUGAUGACCGAAGGCUGUGGUUAGAAGUUUUAGGUGGCAAAGAACCAGUUUACAUGGAAACAAGUAAAUUAUUAAAGGUGGAUGCACAAUCAGGACUUACGACUGUUGCUUAUCAGUUUGUUCACAAAUGCAUUGAAACUAUUGAACGCAGAGGAAUAGAAGAUGAAGGUCUAUAUCGAGUGGCUGGAGUCAGUUCACGAGUACAAAAGCUAACUACUUCUUAUGAGAAGAAUAGGCUUGAUAAGGUGUCUUGGAAUGAUGUUGAGUUAGAAGUGAAGACAAUCACUAGUGCUGUAAAGAAUCAUUUCAGGAGCAUGCCAGAACCUCUGCUUACUUAUGACCUUCAUCAAGAGUUCUUGAAUGCUGCCAAAAAUGAUCAUGAAACAACAAUAGCAAAUCUACAACAGUUAGUGCAACAGUUGCCGGGACCUAGCCAGAGGAUGCUCAAGCUUCUGAUGCAACAUCUUUACAAGGUUGCUGCUCAUGCACACAAGAAUCGGAUGUUGCCCAGCAAUCUCGGUGUUGUUUUUGGUCCAACUUUAAUGCGGCCAGCAGAAGAAUCUGUUGCAAGCAUUAUGGACAUCAAAUAUCAAAAUGAAGUUAUUGAGAUUAUGAUCAAGGAGUACACAAACAUAUUUGCAAUGGCUAGUACAUCUAGUGUGUCAUUCGCAUCACCUAAACUUGGGAAGAAACAAGCUGGUUCUUUAUCUGGAGUUGAACCAGUGUCGUUGAUCUCAUUAUCGUCAUCAUCAUCUACUACUUCAAUGCCAGCUGUAGGACAAAUACCAGGAGCCUCUUCACCUUCUGAAAUAAGUCCACCGAUGUCACCAUCAAGUGUUGAGCAUACUCUGACCCAAAGUCAAGGUGCUAGACGACAGUCGGGUCCAGUAGUUGCGGCAAAACCGAAGCUUGUUACCGGUCCUCGUUCAAUACAGAAGUUUCCAAGACAGCCGUUGCUUCGAGAAGUAGCACUUUCGGAUCCUGCAGAUCUUGUUUCAUCACACGGUAGCCAUUUUGCAAACCAAGGAGCAUUGGAUGGAACUUCUUCUCCUACGGGACAUGGGCCUCCUCCAUUUGAUCCUCCUGUACCUCCACAGCAGAUGUUGGGCACGAAAAGAUCACCAGUAGUCGCCUACCAGCAGCCUGUGAUUCCUGCUGUUCCCCUGCAUCCUCAUAGCAGAGCCAACCCAGUGGUUAGUCACUAUGCACAACCCACAGCUGUACUCUGGAAGUCAUCAGCAGAUUACUUACAUUCGGACUUACCACGGGCACCAGACAUUCCACCACGGCAACACGAAAGGCAAGCGCAAACUUUGUACGAUUGCCAUGCAGACAAUGUCAAUGAACUUUCAUUUGAAGCCGGUCAGAUUGUUCAAAAUGUUCGUCCAUCUAAGGAACCCGGUUGGCUCCAAGGGACUAUCAACGGUCGUAGUGGUUUGAUACCAGAGAACUAUGUGCAGAUGAUAUGAUGGUUAACUGUUCGUAAUGAUUCAUAAUUAACAGAAUUGUAUUGAAGUACUGAGACACACAAGUCUAGGCUGGUACAUGUACUGGUGUGGCAUCAUGUCGAUUGCUAUCACAUGGAUGCUUGUAGCUAAACUUAAUUACUCAUUUGUACAGACGGCUGCUGUUGCUCGUGCUCUCAUCUUAUUCCACAGGUACUUGUUACUGUGCACAUAGUUAA